GCCAUCAUCACCUAAUUGAUACAGUAACUACACUUGCUAGAAAAAGGAUUAGAGCCUGCCAUAAUUCGUAAUAAUAAUCCUAGAAAAAUGUCUCCAUCACUAAAGCCAUUGCUCCCGCCAAGCGGCUCUCUCAGUGAGGAAGACGAAGCCUGCCUCCAGGCGAUGCUCUUCUCGAGCGCGCAUGUGGUCCCUAUGGUCCUGAAUGCAGCCACCCAACUUGGGUUGUUCGACAUCAUAAAUCGGGCAGGCCCCAAGGCCCAGCUCUUGCCCUCCCAGAUAGCUUCCGAGCUUGAAACGGCCGUGGACUGUACCGACGAUGACGUUGCCUCAAGGCUCGACAGGAUGCUCCGGCUCCUUGCCAGCCACUCCCUCUUGACGUGCUCCGUGAAAACCCUAGAGGAUGGGAGGGUUGAGAGGCGCUAUGGCCUCGCCCCGUCCUCACGGUUCUUUGUUAAAGCAGAGAGUGAAGAGCCAUCGUUGGCUUCAUUAGUGGCCCUCCAUUCCCACCCUGCUCCUCAACAAGCCUGGUUUCACUUCAAGGACGCUGUCCUAGAAGGAGGAAACCAGUUCAAGAAGGUUCACGGGAUGUCGAUAUUCGAGUACAUGGACAAUGACCCGGCUUUCAACACCAUCUUCAACAGCUCGAUGGUGGCUAUUUCUAACCUCAUGAUGAAGAGGAUUCUUGAGAUAUAUGAUGGGUUUGAGGGACUCAGUUCACUGGUUGACGUGGCCGGAGGGACCGGGAAGUGCCUCAGCAUGAUCACGUCCAAGUACCCUUCAAUUAAGGGCAUCAACUUUGAUUUGCCCCAUGUCAUCAAGGAAGCCCCAUCUUAUCCCGGCAUUGAACAUGUCGGAGGAAGCAUGUUCUCGAGCAAUAUUCCAAAGGCAGACGCAAUCAUGAUAAAGGAUGCCCUCCACAAUUGGACCGACGAGGACUGCGUGAAGAUACUCAAGAACUGCUAUGACACUCUUCCGAGCAAGGGGAAACUGAUACUGAUAUAUCAUCUACUACUCGAGGAACCAGAUACGAGUAUCUCUUCGAUGUAUGCAUCGAGACUCGACAACACCAUGAUGAUGCAGCCCAAUGGCAAGGAGAGGACCGAGAGUGAGUUCAGGGCGCUGUCUGAGGCUGCUGGUUUCUCCAACUGUAAGUUUGUUUGUUGCGCUUGCAACAUCUGGGCAGUUAUGGAGCUCUACAAAUCAUGAGCACUUCCUAGCUACAACUAGGAAGGUCCUGUCCUUUUUGCCGUCUGCGAUUCGUUUACGACGGUCGAUAACAGUUUGAGGAUAUCUAGACCAUUUGUAGCGCAGUGUUCCCAUAUAGAUUAAUAAGAAAGAUUGAGUUACUUUGGCAAUUAA